AUGUAUAAGCAUAAACUCUACAGCCGCGGCCGGGGGUCGGCGGGCGGCGGGGCGGGGCCGCGGCAGCCGCCGCCCGGGCCAGGUGCACCUGCGGCACCGUCCGCCCGCUCGGGGGGCCCGGCCCGGCUCACCCCGCCCGCCGACCCCGGCCGGGAGCCGGGCACCGGGGCCGCCCCAGCACCGGGGAAGCUGCACCUGGCCCGGGCCCGGCGCUGCCCCCGCCCCGCGGCCGAGCCCGCACCGCACCGGGCCGGCCCCUCCGGCGGCCGCGGCGCCCCGGGCGGAGGGAGGAGCCAGGGCGGCCCCCCCGGGCGGCCGGCAGCGCUCCCCGCCCCGGCCGGGGGCUCCAGCUGUGGCACAGCUGCAUCGGCGGGCGGACGGGGGUGGGGGGAGGAAGGGGGCAAGUUAUUAUCUGCAACAAUACCUCGGGGGAGGAGGCAGCGGAGGCGAGCGCGGCGGCGGCGGCGGGAGGAGGUGGCGAGGGGCGGGCCGGGGGCGGCACCGGGACCGCCCCCCGCGGCCGCCCCGCACCGCCCGCCCCCGGCCCCGCCGCCGGCCCCUUCCUUCCGCCCGGCGGCCCCUUCCGCGCCCCUGCCCCGCGGCGUGCCCCGCCGGCCCCUCCCGCGCUCCCGGCUCCGGAACCCCCGCGCCGCUCCCGCCGCGUCCCCCGGGCGGCCCCUCCCGCGCUCCGCCCUGCACAUCCCUGCCUGCCUUCCUCCCUCCCUGCCUCCCUCCGGCCCGCCAGCCUCCCGCAUCCCCCCGUCCGCGCUGCUCCCGCAUCCCUCCGUCCGCGCCCCCCCCGCCCUUACCUCCCCUGGGGCUCAGGGAAGGGCGGCCGCGGCCCCGAGCUCGGCGGGACGGCCCCGGAACAAAAAGCGAAAGCGGCGGCCGCUGCCUCCCGCUCUGCCGGGCUGCCGCGCUCUGCCCGCGGCUGACGUCAAGGGCCCAAAUUCCUGCCUUUCCCUGCAGGCAGAUUUGUCCAUGUAA